ACUAAUGUAUUAUCGUCUGUUUAUUUCUUUAUUCUUUAUUUACAUGUAAUGAUUUGUAUUCGAACGUUUGUGAGAGAUAAUACAAUAAUUAUAUUAUAUAUACUUACAUCGAUGUAAUACAUGAAUUGCACUAAUUUGUCUUUUUUUAUGAUGUGUUGAAUUUGUAUAUAUAUUUUUAGAAAGACAAGAUAAAAUGGAAAAUCCUGAAAUAGGUACUAGUGCAUCUAAUCGUAUAUCAACAACGUCAUGGUGUCACCCUGCACACAAAAUACAUCGGUUCACAGCGCUAUUGUUAAUGUGUUUCCUUUGUUUUGGUUCAUAUUUCUGUUAUGACACACCCGGAGCUCUGGUAGAUAAUUUCAAGGAUGACUCACAUUUAAACACAUCUCAGUUUGCAUUGUUGUAUUCAAUUUACUCAUGGCCUAAUGUAAUAUUAUGUUUCAUUGGUGGUUAUCUAAUUGAUAGGUACUUUGGUGUUCGAUUGGGCACUGUAAUAUACAUGGCUAUAGUUUUGAUAGGAGCUGUAAUAUUUGCCUUUGGAGUAUAUGUCAAUGCAUUUUGGCUAAUGAUUCUCGGCAGAUUUGUUUUUGGAAUAGGAGGAGAAUCACUACAAGUAGCUGUGAACAACUAUGUAGUUCUUUGGUUUAAAGGAAAAGAGCUCAAUAUGGUAUUUGGAUUGCAAUUGUCCUUUUCCAGAUUUGGAAGUACAGUAAAUUUCUGGGUUAUGGAACCCAUUUAUAAAUGGGUUGGCAAUUACUACGCUGGUUACGAAAGGCUAGGAGUUGCAUUAUUUAUUGCUGCACUUACAUGCCUUAUAUCUUUGGUUUGCGGUUUAAUUCUGGGAUGGAUGGACUAUAGAGCUGAAAAAAUUCUUGGAAGGCAAGAUGAACAAGCUAAUGAGGAACCAUUUCAUCUUAAGGAUGUUUUGCAUUUUAAAUCUGUAUUCUGGCUUGUUUCUGUGAUUUGUGUAGCAUAUUAUUUGGCUAUAUUUCCAUUUAUUGCCUUGGGAAAAUUAUUUUUUGAGCGCAAAUUCGACUUCCUGCCUCAAGAUGCCAACACUGCAAACUCGAUGGUUUAUUUAUUAUCAGCAGCAUUGAGUCCCUUCUUUGGUAUUUUAAUUGAUAAGACUGGAAGAAAUGUUAUGUGGGUUAUUAUAAGUAUUUUGACCACUAUUGGUGCACAUUUUAUGCUCGCUUUCACCUUUUGUAACCCAUAUAUUGGAGUGAUCUCAUUAGGAAUUUCAUAUUCAUUAUUAGCAAGUGGUUUGUGGCCACUAGUAGCCUUAAUCGUAGCGCAAAAUCAGUUGGGGACAGCAUAUGGAAUAUGUCAAGCAGUUCAAAACUUGGGCCUGGCUACUGUUAUAAUAUUGGCAGGUGUUAUCGUUGACAAAUAUGGUUAUUUGAUGUUGGAAAUGUUCUUUUUAGGAUGCCUAUUUGUAUCAUUAAUUGCUGCUGUUCUUAUAUACAUUAUUGACUCCACUGGCAAUGGUAUAUUAAAUAUGUCACCAAGUAUGAGAGAAUCUAUGAAAGAGUCUAAUGACUCUGACGAAACUGCAAAUUUAUUGGACAAUGAAGUGGAAAGUGAACGAGAAGAAACAGAUUCAACAAGACCAUCAGAAGCACUGGAAUCUUCCACCCCCAUUUCGCAACGAGAUGUUGCACAAUCUCAGUCUGAUAGAAUACGCAGUAGAUAUUUAGCACAAAUAUUGCCAAAUUCUAACAUUCCUGACAGACAAUAGAAUAACAUUAUUAUGAAUGUAUGCAUAUACAAAUUUGUAAAUAAUUAUUCAAGUAAUUUUUAAGUAUCUAAGAAUCAAAUUAUUUAGU